GCUUCACCGGGAGUCCUGCCUGCGCAUCUCGCUCCACCCUGCCCGGGACUUGCCCCCGCUCCGAACUCCCGCAUUUUCAGCGCGGGGCGCGCGGCAGGCGGAGCGAGAAAGCAGCCGCCUGCGGAGCGCAGAGAGAGAGAGAGAGAGAGAGAGAGAGAGAGACGGGCGGGGGGCUGGAGGGACCCCGCCGGGCGCUGCUGAGUGCUGGGGCGCGCAGCCCUGCCAUGUCCCCGGGGAAGCCGGAGUCGGGCUAAGUGGCUGCACCCGCAGCGGGGAGAGCUCUUCAGGACCAUGAAGCAGCCAGGGCAGCUCUUCCUCCGCCUGCUGCUCCUGCUCUGCCUCGCCAAGAUCAAACCUGCAGCUGCCUGCCUUAAUGUUUGCAGCUCAAUAAAUGCAAAUGCAACAAAGACAGAAAUCAACAUAGACACAUUACCAGAAAACUUUACAAUAAGCAAUGUAACUUUUGCAAAUGGAACACUGUUUCAGAAUUCACCACUGAACAAUUCAAUAGAAGGUCUUUCCCCUGGUAUACAAUAUAUUAUCAACUUUGAAAAUGGUACAGAAUCAUGCUGCAAAAAUAUUACAACAAUGCCCACUCCAGUGUUUAACAUCGAGGUUUCCAGUGUCAGUACAGACGAAGUGUCUUUAACCUGGGAAAACAAAGAUGCUGCUGCUUCUGAGUACAGUUACAGGAUACUCAUUGAAAAUAAAACUUCACCUACUAGGAACAUGACAGUCAAUGUCAGCGAAGCUGUAAUUCGAGACUUAAAUCCUGGUACAUUUUACAACUUCACAAUAUUUCCACUCGCAGCAGAUAACAAGACUGAAGGAGACCCAAAUUCAACGUCCAUUUACACAAUGCCCACUCCAGUGUUUAACAUCGAGGUUUCCAGUGUCAGUACAGACGAAGUGUCUUUAACCUGGGAAAACAAAGAUGCUGCUGCUUCUGAGUACAGUUACAGGAUACUCAUUGAAAAUAAAACUUCACCUACUAGGAACAUGACAGUCAAUGUCAGCGAAGCUGUAAUUCGAGACUUAAAUCCUGGUACAUUUUACAACUUCACAAUAUUUCCACUCGCAGCAGAUAACAAGACUGAAGGAGACCCAAAUUCAACGUCCAUUUACACAAUGCCCACUCCAGUGUUUAACAUCGAGGUUUCCAGUGUCAGUACAGACGAAGUGUCUUUAACCUGGGAAAACAAAGAUGCUGCUGCUUCUGAGUACAGUUACAGGAUACUCAUUGAAAAUAAAACUUCACCUACUAGGAACAUGACAGUCAAUGUCAGCGAAGCUGUAAUUCGAGAUUUAAAUCCUGGUACAUUUUACAACUUCACAAUAUUUCCACUCGCAGCAGAUAACAAGACUGAAGGAGACCCAAAUUCAACGUCCAUUUACACAAUGCCCACUCCAGUGUUUAACAUCGAGGUUUCCAAUGUCAGUACAGACGAAGUGUCUUUAACCUGGGAAAACAAAGAUGCUGCUGCUUCUGAGUACAGUUACAGGAUACUUAUUGAAAAUAAAACUUCACCUACUAGGAACAUGACAGUCAAUGUCAGCGAAGCUGUAAUUCGAGACUUAAAUCCUGGUACAUUUUACAACUUCACAAUAUUUCCACUCGCAGCAGAUAACAAGACUGAAGGAGACCCAAAUUCAACGUCCAUUUACACAAGACCCAGUCCAGUAUUUGACCUCCAAGUUAUAAAUGUCAGCACAACAGAAGUAAACUUAAGAUGGCAAAACAAUGACACUGCUGCUUCUCAGUACACGUACAUAGUAGUCUCAGAAGGAAAUGGAUCUGUAACUAAUAAAAGCAAUACAUAUCAACUCACAAAUUCUACAUUUGUGGCUAGAAUUACCAGUUUAAACCCUGGCACCUCCUAUACAUUCACGGUGUUUCCACAAGCAGGUGAUAAAAUAACAGAAGGAAACCGAAAAAACAUAACUAACUGUACAGAUGCUGCACCAGUGUCUUCAUUUAACUGUACACCAGUGACUAAAGAGCCUAAGUUAACAGUAAAGUGGGAGCUCCCUGCUGGUGUCAGUACUGGCUUCAGCAUUAAUACAUUCAAUGAUGCCUGGAGCAAUGAAACACUGGUUUCGUCUGGUAACCUAGAUACAACUAUAACAAAUUUAAAUUAUUCCACCUCCUACAAUGUUAGUAUUAUAACCCGUUCAUGUGGGAAAGAGAGCCUUCCAGUGGAAAGAACAUGUGUUACAAGUAUCACGGACCCACCUGCUCCAGGAGGAGAGCCUAAUAUUACGUCAGUCACUCACAAGUCCUUUAAAAUUCAGGUCAAUGGGUUUGAGUCAAAAAAUGGACCGCUAACGGCCUAUGCAAUAGUAAUCACAACAGCUAAAGAAGGCACUGAACCUCCAAAUAGCAGCUUGAGUUAUACAUACAAUGACUUCCAGGAAAAGAAAACAAACACUUACGUAACGUUUGUCAUAAACGAUACACAAAAGAGAGCCUUUUCCUCCCGUUCAGAUAGUUCGCAAUACGAAGUGGAAGUAGGAAAUACAACCACAUCGUGUGGCUAUUACAAUGCGCCGCUGGAACCACUUGGUUCAUACCGGGCGAGUGUUGCAGGUUUCACUAAAAUUGAAUUUAACAGUAGUGAUGGUGGACGUAUUGUUGAAGAGAGAAGCUAUGUAUCAUUUACGCCUUAUUCUAAGGCAAUUACGUUACCCCAGGAUCCAGGUGUCAUCGCUGGAGCUGUUGUUGGAUGUAUUUUGGGUGCUGUGGUUAUAGCUGCUGUAGUGGGAUUCAUUUUCUGGAGACGGAGAAGGAAAGAUGGAAAAAAUAGUGAGCUGCCCUUUUCCCCAAUUAGACCCAAGAAAUCAAAUACAAUUAAAGUUGAAAGCUUUGAGUCCUACUUUAAGAAACAGCAAGCUGACUCGAACUGUGGAUUUGCUGAAGAGUACGAAGAACUGAGGUCGGUGGGCAUUCAUCAGCCUAAAUUUGCAGCUGAACUUACUGAGAACAGAAGAAAAAAUAGGUACAAUAAUGUCUUGCCGUAUGACAUUUCCCGUGUUAAACUUUCGAUCCAAACGCAUCCAACGGAUGAUUAUAUUAAUGCAAACUAUAUGCCCGGAUACAGCUCCAAGAAAGAAUUUAUUGGUGCACAAGGCCCCUUACCCAACACUGUGCAAGACUUCUGGCGCAUGAUUUGGGAAAAAAAUAUCUAUGCUAUUGUUAUGUUGACAAAAUGUGUUGAACAAGGCAGGACAAAAUGUGAGGAAUAUUGGCCAGUCAAAGGAUCCAACUAUUACGAUGACAUUAGUGUAACAUUGGUCUCAGAGUAUGUCCUUCCAGAAUGGACAAUAAGAGACUUCACAGUGGAAGACAAGAAUGCAACUGAAAUCCACUCAGUACGCCAGUUCCAUUUCACUUCCUGGCCUGACCAUGGUGUUCCAGAGACAACAGACCUUCUUAUUAACUUUAGACAUCUGGUACAGGAAAACAUGAGCCACAAUCCCCCAGAUUCUCCUACUCUGGUGCACUGCAGUGCUGGUGUUGGCAGGACAGGUACUUUCAUUGCAAUUGACCGUCUGAUCCAGCAAAUAGAAAUGGAGAACACCAGUGAUGUGUAUGGAGUAGUAUAUGAUCUUCGAAUGCAUCGACCUUUAAUGGUGCAAACAGAGGACCAGUAUGUCUUCCUAAACCAGUGUGUUUUGGACAUUAUUAAAUCCCAAAGAAACAAAAAAUCAGACCUUAUCUACCAAAACACAACAGCAAUGGCAAUCUAUGAAAAUUUUGGACCAACACCGGGUUUUGAGAAGGCAAAUGGCUACCACGCAUAAUCAGAGAGGGAAGAAAUGUCACUUGGAGGCCAUUACUGUCCUGCACAAAGGAAAACAAAAUGCACUGUUGUUGUACAUUUGUGUGUACAGCGUCUUUUAUUAUUUUUUCAGUCUUGUAUAUCUAAUUUGAAGAUGGCCGUGUAAAAAUGUCAUUUGGAGUUGUGGGUUAGUAUAAAAAGAAGCUGUAAGUUAACAGAGGAAAUUGCUUUAUCUUGGGAAUUUCACAAUACUCGUAGGCGAAACAACGUUUGCAGUACAAACAGUGAAGUAAAUAUUAAAAAUAACAAAUUACAAAGGCUCUUUUUUAAUUACAAUUUUGUAUGAUUUCAUAUCCAGAUACCUGGCUUGUGGGCUGUGGAAUAUAUUUUAUAAAAGUCAGGAACAUAUUUUAUCUACUGUACCUGGUUACUUAGUUGAUGGAUAUACGCUUCAUUGUGAUUUGUCCUUAGUGCUCCUUUUGAUUUAUAAGGAGUACAAACGCCUUCUACGAAUGGAUGUUGAUAUUUGGAAAUUGUGCCUUUUCUGGUUAUUACUCUGUAGGCAAAAAUAAUCAGAGCCCUAUAUUUUUGUACUGAGACUUGUAAUUAGAAUAUAGAUUUUAACUGUAGUAAUAUUGCUGGCGAGACGCUCCUAGAUUUGGUAGUGAUCUUCCCCUUUUUGUAUUCCAUCACAACCUUGAGAGGCCUUAUAUCACAGUGCCUCAGUCUAGAGCAAAAGGAGGGUAAGAGUUGUGUGUCAUUCUGAGCUUUAGUGUGUGUGUGUGUGUGUGUGUGUGUGAGUGUGAGAGAGAGAGAGAGUUGGGAGAGGGUAAACAAUUCCUCCCAUUUCUGGCUGAUAUUUCUGUUUUAUAGAGUUUAUAAGGGUUUAUUUAAAGGUGCAAUAUGUGAUUUAUUGAAUAAUGAUUGCUCUACUUAAAGAGAGCUUUACUCAGGUUGUCUCUUUUUUAAUUUUUUUUCCCCUAAAUGUAUAAAUCUGUGAAAAUUUCAGACUGAGAAUUCACAUGUCAAAGUGCUCCCAAACAGGUUCACUGGCUUUAUUCUAUUUAGCAAAAGUAAAUGCACAAAUAUCUACUGUAUAUAUCAAUUACUAGAAUCUGUUGUUUUAGCCUGUCAAAACUGAGGUGUGUGUUUUAUCUUGGUGCAUCUCAAAAAUAUAAUUUAACUGUUUUAUAAUUGUUUCCAACAUGCUGCUGCUGCUAUUUUAACUGAUCCUUUUAAAAAAAAAAAAAAAAACUAGAUCUUCAUAUUACAUGUCAAGGACUAAUUUGGAUUUAUUUUACUGGUACAUUAAUGUUAAACUUAUGAAGGCAUUACCAAUGAAGGACUUAUUUGUUAUUUUUAAGGGGUACUGGGUGUUUUUUUCUUCUUUGGAUUAGUGCACUGGUUGCAUUGUAAAGUAUGAAGUUCAGGAACAUCCAUAAAAUAGCUUUUAAAGUCUUAUGAAGGUUUAAUAGCCAGAGUACCUGGGGUUCUGCAGCAUUUGAAGGCCAGUUUGUAUGACAAAGGUGGCAAAAACUGCUGCAAAUUUUGGAAAUUAUUGUGGCACUACAAUGGGUAGCUGGCUGCCCUGUAGAAUCCACUGUUGAAUGAAAAAUCCCAGGCAUCCAGGCAUCUGUGAAUUUAAGUACUGACAACAGUCAUUCUUAUUCGGUAAUGGAAGUGUGUCAUUUAAGCAAAACUGGAGGGAGACCCACACCACAGUUUGACCAUGAUUCAUAAUAGCCAUUUGUUGUGUUUAUUUUAUUUUUUCUUCUUCUUAUCUGAAAUACUUAAAAUCAAUCAAACCAUCCCACCAGACUCCUUCUCAAAUGGAAAUUGCAAUAGGGAUUUUUUUUUUUUUUUACCCUGCAUCCUUUCUAAGUGUCAUUAGAUCUCAACCAAAUGCAAAUGCAGCAACUUCUUCACUUAGCUUGGCAGCACAGACCAAACCAAAAAAAAUCCUGAAGACUUCACUAGAGAGAAGGGCCUGCCCCUCUACAUUGGUGGGAAUUUUUUUUGUUCGUUUUUCAUUUAAAUACUACUACUCUCUGUAGUAGUGCAGUCUUAGGGUACCAUGGAAGUGCAUGGCGGGUCAGCAGUUGUUAUUCCUGGGACAGCCCAAAAGGUCCUUGAGUCCAAGAAUACUGCACUUGGUUUAGAAAGUGCCUAUCUUAUGUAUCAGAGAAGAGCAGUGAAUGCAUUGUCUCUCAUCAUGUUUGUGCUGUGGAUUCUGCACUUGAGUUAUAUAGUGGCUGCGUCUGUAUUAUAUAGCAGCAGAACCUCAGAAAACUAGCUAUAACUGUGACUAUCUAUUUUUGGUCUAAACACCCUAUGAUAGACUGUUGCAGUAACAGGUGAUUAAAAGUGGAAUCCUCAGUACAGUUUCCAUCAUGGAAACAAUAGAAUAAAUAUUUGUCAAGAGAUUCCUAAGAAGUAAAUAAAAACUCUGUCCAAUCAAAGCCUUUUAUGGAUUCCAGGUUCCCAAGACAUAUAUCUGCUAAAUCAGGAGAGAGUCUGAUUUCCCUGCUUAUGAAUUAAAUGUGAGAAGAACACAAUAGAUGAGAUUACAGGGCCAAUCCUGCCUGACUAAAACAGUCACUAUUCCCAAUCAAGUCUGUUUCCCAUAGAGGCCAAAAAGAAUUUUCCAUGAGCAAGGCGUGCAGGCUCAGGCCCUAUAGUUUUUAGUGGACAGAAAAAGUUGGUUAAUGCUUAAAGUGAUGUAUCUAUGAAGUUGGGUGUUGUUCCACUGUGACUAAUAGGACAGGCCACAUAGGAACUCCCACUGGAAGGAAUGGGUCUUACAGGUAAUGUUUUAUCUUAGAGAUUCCCUCUAAUCAAGAUGACUUGAAUAGGAUUCUAGCGUAUGUUUCUCUUCUACAAACUGAUUUUCUGUGUCUUUAGUUUCUUUUGAUUCAGGACUAAAGGUUGCUAUUUAUACUGUCUUAUUGCUCUUUAUUCUGUUCAUUCAAUGCUUCUUGUUGGUGGUGCUUGCCUAAAGUAAUCUGCUUUCCCAGCCUCAAAACUCUACUGUGUUACAACACUGGGUUUUCUGACUGGGGUAGUUUUGGGUUUUUUUUCAAUUUGGGACCCUUUAAAAAGGGAAAUGUUCAUGUGUGUCAAAUAAGGGUUGCUUUUAGUUGAAUAUUUUGAUGUAUAAAUUUCAGUGUUUUUCAUACAGCUGUACAGAAACUUGUAGCACAUUGUCUUAAUUUUUUAAUAGUUUGUUCUUAAAGAUAUAAAAAUAAUUAAAAAGCAUUAACUUAGA